AUUUAACACAUUUGACAACCACCUGUUUGGAAUUAAUAAUGUGGAAGCUGAAAGCAUGGAUCCACAGCAGAAAUUACUUUUAGAAUGCACAUACAAAGCACUAGAGGAUGCAGGAGUCCCUGUAGAAGCCAUCAGUGGCAGCAAAACAGGUGUUUUUGUUGGCCUUAUGAAUCGAGACUUUGAAAUCAUAAGAAGCAAAUCAAUAAGUGAAAUAAAUCACUAUGUUGGUACAGGAUCAGCAAUGAGCAUAGCUGCUAAUAGGGUUUCCUUCACAUUUAAUCUGACUGGACCGUCGCUGACAAUUGACACUGCUUGUUCAUCAUUUCUUUUUGCCCUGCAUUACGCCUUGCGAGCAAUUAAAUCAGGUAAUGGGAAUGAGGAGAUG